GAGUAUCUCCCAUCCUGUUUUUUCUCCUGAGAUGAGAAUCUUUUACCACUAGACUCGCUCAGUGCGGAGGUCCCACAGGCCACAAGCGAUCCCAAUCGUGGAUCCUCGAUCCAUAUCCUGCUUCCUGCGGCAGUGCGGCGUCGUCCCCACUGCCGGCCUGCUCGCUGCACGCACGCACGGCAGCGCGCACGGCGGGCAGUAUCCCUCGACGUCGUCUAGGUUAAUUUGCUUGCCUCACGCCGGCAAUUCUGCAAAUCGAUCUCACGCACGCACUGAGGCUCAGGUCCGCCGCUGAUCAAUCCAUCUGAUAUUCUCGCACGGGGAGUGAGGGAGAAAUGGAGGGUCCAUCGUCGACGUCGUCAUUGAAGCUUAAGGCGGAGUGGGGUCCGGCCAUCUGCAUGGUGCUGAUCGAGGUGUUCACGACAGGGCAGAUGCUGCUCACAAAGGUGGUAGUUGAUGCGGGGCUCUUCGUCUUCGCCCUCCUCACCUAUCGCUUCUUCCUUGGCACCCUGCUCGUCGUCCCGCUCGCCAUCAUCUUCGAGAGAGGGAAGUGGAAGGAGAUUAAACUGAAAGCAUUCAUAUGGAUUUUUACAAGUGCACUUGUCGGGUUCACAAUUCCUGGUCUCUACUACAUUGGCCUGGGAGAUACGUCGCCCGGAUAUGCCAUCAAUUUUUACAACAUCAUCCCAAUAGCCACAUUCAUCCUUGCGGUUCUUUUCAGGAAGGAGCCUUUGAACUUGAAGAGCCUGGUAGGAAACAUUAAGGUGAUAGGAACCCUGGUUUGUGUUGGGGGGACACUGGUGAUCAGCCUCUACAAAGGCAAAGUACUUCAUCUCUGGCCUACCAACAUCAUCGGCUACCACCCCAAGCAAUCUGGAUCAGCGUUUGGGCACCACCAUAUGCGUGGAACCGUCUUGCUCAUCGUGAGCUGUUUGAGCCUGGCCGUCUGGUACACAGUGCAGGCACAGAUGCUGAAAGUGUUCCCUUACAAGUACUGGUCCACGGUUGCCACAUGCUUCGUGGGCUGCAUCCAAAUGGCUGUUGUAGGGGUCGCAAUGAACAGAGAAAAGGUGACUUGGCAGCUGAAAUGGAACAUGAGUCUGCUCACAAUCGUUUACUCGGCAAUACUCAACACUGCUGCCAAAUUCGUGAUGAUUUCAUGGGUGGUCACGCAGCGAGGCCCAACCUACCCAUCGAUGUUUUGCGCAGUAUCCGUCUUGUUCACCACUGUACUCGACUCGCUGCUUCUAGGCCAUGAUUUGUCUGUUGGAAGUAUUCUUGGCAUGUUCAUGAUUCUCGCCGGGCUCUACCUUUUCCUCUGGGGAAAGAGAAAAGAAUUGGUGCCCAACAAAGAAGAAAAACCAAAUGAUGAAGUGCAUUCUCAGAGUGAAGAUAAAAUCAAAGAAUCAUCAGGAUCCAACGUAUGAAAUGCUGUGUCAUAGAGAAUGAGACACUUAUCAAUGAUAUGGUGUUCUUAUGAGCAUGAAGAAGCCUUAGCAUGUUUGAGUGAAACUGAAUAUAAUUCACAUUAUGUCUUUUAUAUAUGCAAGGAAACAUAUAUAGGAACAGGACAUUAAUUGUACGUCACCUCGUGAGCGCAAUCCACCCCAUACCUUGACUCUUGAUUUGGUAUUUUCUCCAGGUAUAUGAUAUUGAUGUUAUUCUUAUU